GUGCGACAUGCUGCGGUUUGUAACACUUUUAACGCUGGAGACACCGGCGGCCCAUUUAAAUGCGGAAAUGUCCACGAAUCCCCUUACGUUUCGUUGUUUACAACCACAUUGAAUAGCUGUCAUUUGGCUUGAGGACACGUUGAACAUGAUCAACCACUCGGGGUCAACUCAAACGCAUGAUCGUUGGUCUGGAAGAAUGGCCGGGGUCAGGGGUCAGAAUCAGGUCCACCUCGGCGUCACGUGUGUCCCCUGAGCAACCGCCGGCUCAAACACCGCGACGCGUUACCAUGGAUGCCGAGAAACAAUCACUACCACACACAAAUCACGACACCCCUGUCCCACACACAUACCCAGUACCCAGCAGCGAUGGACGGGUCUGCCCCUGAGGACAAACGGCUAGGGUUCCUUGAGGACUACGUGCUGAAGACGUUGAAACUGAAACCGGACAAAUGGCAGAAGUGUAUUUCCACCGAGGAGCACAGGCAGGUGGUCCAGGAGUUUCUGGACAAGGCGGACCAAAUCACGUUGGUGGUGUCCCUAACCGCCGCCGGGCUCCUGGUCCCCGACUUCACCUUCCCGACGAGCUCCAAAAACAAGGCGGUGUACUUCGUGAAGCGAAGUAACAUCACCCUGACCCCUGACAAGAUGAAAUGUACUGUGGUGUACGGGGACCUGGCCUGUGCCCCCAUCGACCAGUUCUCAGCUUUAGUUGAGGAGGUGCUGGUCCCGCUGCUGUCCAACGGCAACAACCACGGCGACUGGCCGCAGGUGGUGUCCCACGACGUCAGACACCACGUCCACUCGCUCAAGACCAACGUGUUUGUGGUGUCGGGCCAAGUCAAGGGCAAGACCCUCCUGCCCCUUCCUGCUGGGGUCGAGAGUGUGGAGCAGGCCUCCCUUGAGCUCGACUGCAGAGGGGAGGUGGCCGACAAGACGGUGAUCCACGCCAUCGAGACGCUGGUGAUCGAGUGGAGCCAUCAGGUCCGAGCCGUGCUGAAGAAGGACUCCUCGGAAGCCCUGCUGGAAGACCGCAACCCCACGCCCCACACAGAGCUGCUCUUCUGGAAGAACAGGCACGCAGACCUUCAGUGUAUCCACACCCAGCUCAUAUCUACCAAGGUGUGCAGGAUGGCCGACCUGAUGGAGGCCAUGGAGAGCAGCUACUACCCCGCCUUCAAGAGCCUGCUGAAGGACGUACUGGCAGCGCUGGAGGAAGCGCAGGACAUCGUCACCCACCUGAAGCCCCUGCAGAGGGUCUUCGAGGACGUGGAGAACGGGGACUUCCCCGACGUGAGCCGUCAGAUCGGGCCGCUGAUGCACACGGUGUGCCUGGUGUGGGCCCACUCGCGCUACUACAACACGCCCGCUCGCCUCAUCGUGCUGCUGCAGGAGACCUGCAACCUCCUCAUCCAGCAGGCCCGGACCUUCCUGAGCCCCGAGGAGGUCCUGAAGGGAGAGCUCUCCGAGACCCUCCCCAAGGUGCGGGUGGGCCUGGAGGUGCUGCAGCUCUUCAGGGAGACCUACUCCGUGAGCAGGGCCAACCUGAGCCAGUACCAGAGGAACGGGAGGACGGUGCCCCCCUGGGACUUCUCCCCAGCCCUGGUGUUCUCCAGGCUGGACCGCUUCAUCGACAGGGUGCAGACCGUCGAGGACAUCCUCCUGACGGCGAUGGACCUGCUGAAGCUGGAGAAGGUGGAGUUCGGGGGUGUGCGAGGGAAAGGUCUCAGCCAGCAGGUCCAGUGCCUCCACCUGGAGUUCCUGGAGACGUACAAGACCCUGACGGAGAAGCCCUACGACUGCCUGGACCUCAACAACAAGGAGUUUGAGGCGGACGUCCGAGCGUUCCAGCUGAAGGUGGAAGACGCAGACCGCCGGCUGGGAGCCGUCUGCUGCCAGGCCUUCAGCGACGCCUCAGGGCUGGAGCAGUGCUUUAAGGUCCUGGAUAUGUUCGGCAGCCUGCUGGAGCGCCCCCUGGUGUCGACGGACGCCCAGGACAGGUACCCGCUCCUCGUCUCAGCCUUGGACGACGAGCUGGAGUGCUGUAAGAUCAUCUACAACCAGCGUGUGCAGACCGCAGAGGGCGACGGCGGGCGAAGCCCGGUGAGCAGGAACAUGCCCCAGGUGGCCGGCGGACUGAGGUGGGCCCAGCAGCUCCAGGGUCGACUCCAGGCUCAGUUCUCCAAGUUCAGACACUUCUCCUUCCCGUGUCUGGAGACGGCAGAAGGCGUGAGGGCUGUCCAGAAGUAUGACAAGAUGAUGGAGCUCCUGGACAGGUACUCCGGGGCGCUGUAUGAGGGUUGGGCGGAGGGCGUGUCCGAGCUGUCCAUGUACAACCUCAACCUGCCAAUCAUCAGCCGGGAGCCAACCACGCGCCACGUCACCGUCAACUUCAACCCCCAGCUGGUGUCGGUCCUGAGGGAGGUGAAGUACCUGGAGGCCACACAGAUGGAGAGCAUCCCUGAGACCGCAGUGCAGAUCUACACCACCAGGGGGCAGCUGCAGCAGUACAUCACCAACCUGGAGCUGAUCUCCAGGCAGUACAACAAGGUGAUCUCGUCCCUGCUAAGCGUGGAGUACCCCCUGCUGCAGGGCCAGCUGAAGGAGGUGGACGUCCAGCUGAAGAGGGCAGAGGAGAGUCUGAACUGGAACAGCGAAGGCGUCUGGGAGUACAUCCAGGCCGUGAGGGACCGCGUGUGUGACCUGGAGAGCCGUCUCCAGAGGGCCAAGAACAACGUGGAAGAGGUCCAGAAGUGCACGCGUUCCUGGGCCUCUCCUCUCUUCGGACGGCGGGAGGGCAAGAAGGAGGCGCUGAUCAGCCUGGAGGACCGACCCGAGCGACUGGAGAAGUUCUAUGGCCUCGUGCGCUCCUCGGGGGAGAAGAUCCACCUCCUGCUCAAGAGUAACCGGGAGCUGUUUGGAGCCGACCCGGACUCGGAGGAGUGGAAGGCGUACGUGGAGUACAUGGACGACAUGGUCAUGGACGGCUUCUUCAGCUGCAUCGAGUGCUCCCUCAAGUUCUUCCUGGACAACACAGACGAGAGGGCGGUUGCGGGCCCUCUGUUUGAGGCCCUGCUGGAGCUCAGGGUGCCUGACAUGGUGUUCAGCCCGUCCCUGGAGCUGGGGUCCGGGUCCGGCUUCUAUGAGCUGGUGGAGGGACUGGUCAACGACGUGUACAAGACCUCCGCCCUGAUCGCCCGCCUCGCCCAGCACUCCGCCCUCCCUCACUACCAGGCGGACAUGGAGGACAUGGCCGACCUGACGGACAUGCGCCAGCUGCUGACGGAGCGCGUCCAGAACGUCAUGGUGACCUGCUGCGAGUUCCGCAACUCCCUGGACACCUACGCCUACCUGUACGUGGACGACAGGAAGGAGUUCAUGAGGCACUUCCUGUUGUACGGCUUCGCCAACAGCUCCCUGGACGCAGAGGGGCGCUCGGCGGAGGGGCUGCCGGAGACCCCCCCCACGCUGGACAGCUUCAAGGAGCAGGUGGACAGGUACGAGCGGAUCUACGAGGAGGUGCAGGCGCUGGUGCCCGUGUGCGUGUUCCAGGGCUGGAUGAGGGUGGACGCCCGGGGGCUGAAGAGCGCCCUGCUCAACGUGAUCAAGAAGUGGAGCUUCAUGUUCAAGCAGCACCUCGUGGACCACGUCACCAGCAGUCUGUCAGACCUGCAGGACUUUGUGAGCGUGACCCGGGCCGGGCUGGGCCAGCCGGUGGAGGAGGGCGACCACGGGAGCCUGGUGGGGGUCAUGGGUCACCUGCUGGCGGUCAAAGAGAAGCAGGCCACGGCCGACGCCAUGUUUGAGCCACUGCAGCAGACUAUCGCCCUGCUGAAGGUGUACGAGCAGGAGCUGCCCGACGUGGUGCACAAGCAGCUGGAGGAGCUGCCGGAGAAGUGGAUCAACGUAAAGAAGCACGCGGUGGCGGUCAAACAGCAGAUGGCGCCGAUGCAGGCCAGUGAGGUGGCGGGCCUGCGCAGGAAGUGCGCGUCCUUUGACGUGGAGCAGCACUCCUUCCGCGAGGACUUCCGCAGUAACGGCCCCUUCAGGUUCGACAGCGAGAACCCGUACAAGAUGCUGGACAACUGGGACCAGCAGAUCGGGGAGCGGGAGGCGGUGAUGUCGUCCCUGGUGGAGGCGGCCAGUCUGUUCGAGGUCAGCGUGCCCGACUACAAGCAGCUCCGCCAGUGCAGGCGGGAGGUGGUCAUGCUGAAGGAUCUGUGGGACCUGAAAGCGGUGGUGGACACCAGCAUCACGGGCUGGAGGACCACCCCAUGGAUGGACAUCCAGGUGGAUGACAUGGAGAUGCAGUGCAAGCGCUACGCCAAGGAGAUCCGCUGCCUGGACAAGGAGUCGAGGGCGUGGGAUGCCUUCACGGGGCUGGACGCCACGGUCAAGGACCUCCUGACCUCUCUGCGCGUGGUGGCGGAGCUCCAGAACCCGGCCGUACGCGCCCGCCACUGGCGGCAGUUGAUGGACGCCACGGGAGUGCAGUUCACCAUGAACCAGGAGACAACCCUGGCCGAGUUGCUGCAGCUGAACCUCCACUGCUUCGAGGAGGAGGUGAGGGGCAUCGUGGACAAGGCGUCCAAGGAGAUGGGCAUGGAGAAGGUGCUGGCGGAGCUCAACGACACCUGGACAGGCAUGCAGUUCCAGUACGAGUCCCACCACCGGACCAAGCUGCCCCUGCUGCUCCCAGACGAGGCCCUCAUAGAGACCCUGGAGGACAACCAGGUGCAGCUCCAGAACCUCAUGUCCUCCAAGUACAUCGACCACUUCCUGGAGGAGGUGUCGGCCUGGCAGCGCAAGCUGUCCGUGGCCGACUCCGUCAUCUCCAUCUGGUUCGAGGUGCAGCGCAACUGGACCCACCUGGAGAGCAUCUUCAUCGGCUCGGAGGACAUCCGCUCACAGCUGCCUGAGGACUCCAAGCGUUUCGACGGGAUUGAUGCUGAUUUCAAAGAGCUGGCGACCGACGGCCAUACAACCCCCAAUGUGGUGGAGGCCACCAAUAAGGCGGGGCUGUUCGGCACGCUGGAGGACAUCCAGACCAGGCUGGCUCUGUGUGAGAAGGCUCUGGCUGAGUACCUCGACACAAAGCGCCUGGCCUUCCCUCGCUUCUACUUCAUCUCCUCGGCCGACCUGCUGGACAUCCUGUCCAACGGAACCAACCCUCAGCAGGUCCAGAAGCAUCUGUCCAAGCUGUUUGACAACAUGGCCAAGAUGUGCUUUGAGGACGACAGCGAGGGGAACUCCACCAACACGGGGCUGGGCAUGUACAGCCAUGAGGACGAAUACGUGCCCUUCAACAAGAGCUGCGACUGCAACGGAGCGGUGGAGGCCUGGCUGAACCGCGUGCUGGAGAGCAUGCGCUCCACCGUGCGCCACGAGAUGACGGAGGCGGUGGCGGCCUACGAGGACAAACCCCGCGAGCAGUGGCUGUUUGACUACCCGGCGCAGGUGGCCCUGACCUGCACGCAGAUCUGGUGGACGUCGGACGUGGGCAUUGCGUUCCUACGGCUGGAGGAGGGCUACGAGAACGCCAUGAAGGAGUACUACAAGAAGCAGGUGACCCAGCUCAACACCCUCAUCUCCAUGCUGAUUGGCCAGCUGUCCCCCGGCGACCGGCAGAAGGUCAUGACCAUCUGCACCAUCGACGUGCACGCCCGCGACGUGGUGGCCAAGAUGGUGGCUCAGAAGAUUGACAACUCCCAGGCCUUCGUGUGGCUGUCCCAGCUCAGACACCGCUGGGGAGAGAAAGACGCUCACUGCUAUGCCAACAUUUGUGACGCCCAGUUCCAGUACUCCUACGAAUACCUGGGGAACACCCCCCGGCUGGUCAUCACCCCUCUGACUGACCGGUGCUACAUCACCCUCACCCAGUCGCUCCACCUGACCAUGAGUGGGGCCCCGGCGGGGCCGGCUGGGACCGGCAAGACGGAGACCACCAAGGACCUGGGCCGGGCCCUGGGCAUCAUCGUGUACGUCUUCAACUGCUCCGAGCAGAUGGACUACAAGUCCUGUGGGAACAUCUACAAGGGGCUGGCCCAGACGGGCGCGUGGGGCUGCUUCGACGAGUUCAACCGGAUCACGGUGGAGGUGCUCUCGGUGGUGGCCGUUCAGGUGAAAAGCAUUCAGGACGCCAUCCGGGACAAGAUGACGAGGUUCAACUUCAUGGGGGAGGAUGUGAACCUGGUCGCCUCUACGGGCAUCUUCAUCACCAUGAACCCGGGCUACGCCGGGAGGACGGAGCUGCCCGAGAACCUGAAGGCUCUGUUCAGGCCCUGUGCCAUGGUGGUGCCAGACUUCGAGCUCAUCUGUGAGAUCAUGCUGGUGGCCGAGGGCUUCCUGGAGGCCCGGGUUCUGGCCCGGAAGUUCAUCACCCUCUACACCCUCUGCAAGGAGCUGCUGUCCAAACAGGACCACUACGACUGGGGCCUGCGAGCCAUCAAGUCGGUCCUGGUGGUGGCGGGCGCGCUGAAGCGAGGCGACCCGGGCCGGCCGGAGGACCAGGUGCUGAUGAGGGCGCUGCGGGACUUCAACAUCCCCAAGAUCGUGACCGACGACAUGCCCGUGUUCAUGGGGCUGAUCGGAGACCUGUUCCCCGCCCUGGACGUCCCGCGCAAGAGGGACAUGGACUUUGAGAAGAGCGUCAGAGACUCCGUGCUGGACCUCAAACUGCAGGCCGAGGACAACUUUGUCCUCAAGGUGGUGCAGCUGGAGGAGCUGCUGGCGGUGCGGCACUCUGUGUUCGUCAUCGGGAACGCCGGCACGGGGAAGAGCCAGGUGAUGAGGUCACUGCAGAGGACCUAUCAGAACAUGAAGAGGCGCCCGGUGUGGGCGGACCUCAACCCCAAGGCCGUGACCAAUGACGAGCUGUUCGGCAUCAUCAACCCCGCCACCCGAGAGUGGAAGGACGGCCUGUUCUCCAACAUCAUGCGCGAGCUGGCUAACCUCAGCCACACCGGGCCCAAGUGGAUCGUUCUGGACGGGGACAUUGACCCCAUGUGGAUAGAAUCCCUCAACACAGUCAUGGACGACAACAAGGUGUUGACCCUGGCCAGUAACGAGCGCAUCCCGCUGAACCCCACCAUGAGGCUGGUGUUUGAGAUCAGCCAUCUGCGCACGGCCACGCCCGCCACCGUGUCCAGAGCAGGCAUCCUCUAUAUAAACCCAGCCGACCUGGGCUGGAACCCACCGGUGUCCAGCUGGAUUGACAGGAGGGAGGUCCAAUCAGAGAAGGCCAACCUGACCAUUCUAUUCGACAAGUACUUGCCAAGCUGCCUGGAAACCAUCAGAACAAGGUUCAAGCAGAUCAUCCCUGUGCCGGAGCAGAGCCUGGUGCAGACGCUGUGCCACCUGCUGGAGUGUCUGCUGACCCCGGAGAACACGCCAGCCGACUGCGCUAAGGAGCUCCACGAGCUCUACUUUGUCUUCGCCACCGUCUGGGCCUUCGGGGGCGCCAUGUUCCAGGACCAGUUGGUAGACUACCGGGUGGAGUUCAGCAAAUGGUGGGUGACUGAAUUCAAAACGGUCAAGUUCCCGUCCCAGGGGACCGUCUUUGACUACUACAUCGACCCUGAGACCAAGAAAUUUGAGCCCUGGUCCAAAAUUGUGCCCAAAUUCGAAAUGGACACGGAUCUGCCACUUCAGGCCUGCCUGGUGCCCACCACGGAGACCAUCAGGGUGCGGUACUUCAUGGACCGCCUGCUGGAGCACCGCCGGCCCGUCAUGCUGGUGGGCUCCGCCGGGACCGGCAAGUCGGUGCUGGUGGGCGACAAGCUGGGCUCGCUGGACCCCGAGAGAUACGCCACCAAGAACGUCCCCUUCAACUACUACACCACCUCCGCCAUGCUGCAGGCCGUGCUGGAGAAGCCCCUAGAGAAGAAGGCGGGCCGUAACUACGGACCCCCGGGCAGCCGCAGACUGGUGUACUUCGUGGACGACAUGAACAUGCCGGAGGUGGACACCUAUGGGACUGUCCAGCCGCACACGCUCAUACGCCAGCACAUGGACUACAACCACUGGUAUGACCGGACCAAGAUGCUUCUGAAGGAAGUCCACAAUGUUCAGUACGUCUCCUGCAUGAACCCGACGGCAGGGAGCUUCACCAUCAACCCACGCCUGCAACGCCACUUCUCCGUGUUUGCGCUGUCCUUCCCGGGCGCCGACGCCCUCUCCACCAUCUACACCUCCAUCCUGACCCAGCGGCUGGGCGGUGCGGGCUUCGGCCCCGAGCUGCAGCGCAGCGCGCCCACCCUGGUGCAGCUGGCGCUGGGCCUCCACCAGCGCGUCUCCUCCUCCUUCCUGCCCACCGCCGUCAAGUUCCACUACGUCUUCAACCUGCGCGACCUCUCCAACAUCUUCCAGGGCAUCCUCUUCUGCACCAGCGAGUGUCUGAAGAGCUCCAUGGACCUGCUGAAGGUCUACCUCCACGAGUCCAGCAGGGUGUACCGGGACAAGCUGACGGACGAGCAGGACAUCCAGGCCUUCAACAAGCUCCAGACUGACACCGCCAAGAAGUUAUACGAAGACGCAGACGAGACUCUGGAGCAGGCCCAGCAGAUGAACCUGUACUGCCACUUCGCCAAGGGCCACGGCGAGCCCUGCUACCUGGCCGUGGAGUCCUGGGGCGACCUGAAUAAGAUCCUCAUGGAGGUGAUGGAGGGCUACAACGAGGUCAACGCCGCCCUCAACCUGGUGCUGUUCGAGGACGCCAUGGCCCACAUCUGUCGGAUAAACCGCAUCUUGGAGUCACCUCGCGGAAACGCCCUAUUGGUGGGCGUGGGCGGGAGCGGCAAGCAGAGCCUCACCCGAUUGGCCGCCUUCAUUGCCAAUCUUGAGGUGUUCCAGAUCACCCUGAGGAAAGGCUACGGCAUCCCGGACCUGAAGAUCGACCUGGCCUCCCUCUACCUCAAAGCGGGCGUUAAGAACAUCGGCACGGUGCUCCUGAUGACCGACGCCCAGGUGUCCGACGAGAAGUUCCUCGUCCUGGUCAACGAUCUGCUGGCGUCAGGUGAGAUCCCCGACCUGUUCCCGGACGAGGAGGCGGAGGCGGUGGUGAGCGCCGUGCGCCCCGAGGUGCGGUCGUCCGGGGUGAUGGACUCGAGGGACAACUGCUGGAGGUUCUUCAUCAACCGCGUCCGACGCCAGCUCAAGGUGGCUCUAUGCUUCUCCCCGGUGGGCAGUAAGCUGCGUUUGCGCAGCAGGAAGUUCCCAGCGGUGGUCAACUGCACGGCCAUCGACUGGUUCCACGAGUGGCCAAAGGAGGCGCUGGAGUCCGUCAGCCUCCGCUUCCUGCAGGAGGUGGAGAACAUCGAGCCCGACCUGAAGGAGUCGGUGAGCAAGUUCAUGGCGUUCGUCCACGUGAGCGUCAACAACAUGUCCAAGGAGUACCUGGCGGACGAGCGCCGCUACAACUACACCACGCCCAAGUCCUUCCUGGAGCAGAUCACGCUGUACCGCAGCCUGCUGGACCAGAAGAGCAAGGACCUGCGCAUGAAGAUGGAGCGUCUGGAGAACGGCCUGGAGAAGCUCAACAGCACCUCCGCCCAGGUGGACGACCUGAAGGCCAAGCUGGCCGCCCAGGAGGUGGAGCUAAAGCAGAAGAACGACGACGCCGACAAACUCAUUCAGGUGGUGGGCGUCGAGACGGAGAAGGUGUGGGAGAAGGCCGUGGCGGACCGAGGAGGAGGCCAAGGUGCGGACUUUGCGGUGGUGGUGACCGGGAAGCAGAGGGACUGCGAGCGGGACCUGGCCAAGGGGCCUGCCCUGCUGGCCGCUCAGCAGGCCCUGAACACGCUCAACAAGGGCAAUUUGACCGAACUGAAGUCCUUCGGUUCCCCGGUGGUGGAGGUGACCAACGUGGUGGCGGCCGUGAUGGUGCUGAUGGCGCCCGGCGGGCGUGUCCCCAAGGACCGCAGCUGGAAGGCGGCCAAGGUGAUGAUGGCCAAGGUGACGCCUUCCUGGAGUCCCUGAUCACCUCAACAAGGAGAAGAUCCAGACACGUGCCUGAAGGCUAUCCGGCCUUACCUGCAGGACCCAGAGUUCCAGCCCGACCUGGUCACCUCCAAGUCCUUGGCCGCUGCAGGCCUUUGCUCCUGGGUGAUCAACAUUGUCCGCUUCUACGAGGUCUGUGAGGUGGAGCCAAAACGCCAGGCGCUCAGCAAGGCUAAUUCGGAGCUGGCCACCGCCCAGGAAAAGCUAGUGCCAUCAAGGCCAAGAUCAAAUAUACUCAACGAGAACCUGGCGACGCUGACGGCGAAGUUUGAGAAGGCGACCUCGGAGAAGCUCAAGUGUCAACAGGAGGCGGAGUCCACGGAGCGCACCAUCACCCUGGCCAACCGCCUGGUGGGGGGUCUGGCCUCGGAGAACGUGCGCUGGGCCGAGGCGGUGGAGAGCUUCCGGCGGCAGGAGAGGACGCUGUGCGGAGACGUGCUCCUCAUCACGGCCUUCGUGUCCUACCUGGGCUACUUCACCAAGCGCUACCGGAUGCAGCUCAUGGACAGCACCUGGAGGCCCUACCUCAGCGAGCUCACGGUCCCCAUCCCCGUGACCGCUGACCUCGACCCCCUGACCAUGCUGAUGGACGACGCCGACGUGGCCGCCUGGCAGAACGAGGGCCUGCCCGCCGACAGGAUGUCCACGGAGAACGCCACCAUCCUCACCUCCUGCCAGCGCUGGCCUCUCAUCGUGGACCCCCAGCUGCAGGGCAUCAAGUGGAUCAAGAACCGCUACGGCGAGACCCUGAGGGUCAUACGCAUCGGGCAGAGAGGGUACCUGGACGAAAUAGAGAGAGCCCUAUCGGCGGGAGAGGUGGUCCUGAUUGAGAACAUGGAGGAGGCUGUGGACCCGGUACUGGGACCACUGCUGGGCCGAGAGACCAUCAAGAAGGGAAGGUGCAUCAAGAUCGGGGACAAGGAGUGCGAGUACAACCCCAGCUUCCGGCUGAUCCUGCAGACCAAGCUGGCCAACCCCCACUACCAGCCGGAGCUGCAGGCCCAGUGCACCCUGAUCAACUUCACCGUCACCCGGGACGGCCUGGAGGACCAGCUGCUGGCCUCCGUGGUCAGCAUGGAGCGGCCCGACCUGGAGGAGCUCAAGUCCAACCUGACCACGCAGCAGAACGGCUUCAAGAUCACCCUGAAGACCCUGGAGGACAACCUGCUGUCCCGCCUGUCCUCGGCCUCCGGAGACUUCCUGGGGGACACGGAGCUGGUGGAGAACCUGGAGACCACCAAGCUGACCGCCGGAGACAUAGAGGAGAAGGUGAAAGAAGCCAAGGUGACGGAGGCCCAGAUCAACGAGGCCCGGGAGCACUACCGCGCCGCCGCCGCCCGCGCCUCCCUCCUCUACUUCAUAAUGAACGACCUCAAUAAGAUCCACCCCAUGUACCAGUUCUCCCUCAAGGCGUUCAGCGUGGUGUUCCAGAAGGCGGUGCAGAAGGCCCCGCCCGAUGAGUGCUUGAAGAAGCGGGUCUCCAACCUCAUCGACAGCAUCACCUCCUCCAUCUUCCAGUACACCACCCGGGGCCUGUUUGAGUGCGACAAGCUCACCUUCACCGCCCAGCUCGUCUUCCAGAUACUGCUGAUGAGUAAGGAGAUCGACCCCGGGGAGCUGGACUUCCUCCUGAGGUACCCCGUGAUGCCGGGUGUGUCCUCGCCCGUGGACUUCCUCACCAACCACUCCUGGGGAGGGAUCAAGUCUCUGUGCGCCAUGGAGGAGUUCAGGAACCUGGACCGGGACAUCGAGGGCUCGGCCAAGCGUUGGCAGAAGUUCGCCGAGUGUGAGUGUCCGGAGCGGGAGAAGUUCCCCCAGGAGUGGAAGAGCAAGACGUCGCUGCAGAAGCUGUGCAUGAUGCGGGCGCUGCGGCCCGACCGCAUGACGUACGCCGUGAGGGACUACGUGGCGGAGAAGCUGGGGAGCAAGUACGUGGUGGGCCGAUCCCUGGACUUUGCCGCCUCCUUUGAAGAGUCGGGCCCGGCCACGCCCAUGUUCUUCAUCCUCUCCCCCGGCGUCGACCCUCUGAAGGACGUGGAGAAGCACGGAAAGACCCUGGGAUUCACGUUUAACAACAAGAACUUCCACAACGUGUCUCUGGGCCAGGGGCAGGAAGUGGUGGCCGAACAAGCUCUGGAUGAGGCCGCCAAGGAAGGCCACUGGGUUAUCUUACAGAACAUCCACCUGGUGGCUCGCUGGCUGGGUAUGCUGGAGAAGCUCCUGGAGCAGCACGCCGACGGCGGCCACGCCCACUUCCGGGUGUUCGUCAGCGCCGAGCCCGCCUCCACGCGGGACGGCCACAUCGUCCCGUCGGGCAUCCUGGAGAACUCCAUCAAGAUCACCAACGAGCCUCCCACCGGCAUGCAGGCCAACCUGCACAAGGCCCUGGACAACUUCAACCAGGACACCCUGGAGAUGUGCGGGGAGAACGAGUUCCGCAGCAUCCUGUUUGCGCUGUGCUACUUCCACGCCGUGGUGGCGGAGAGGAGGAAGUUCGGGCCGCAGGGCUGGAACCGGUCGUACCCCUUCAACACCGGGGACCUCACCAUCUCCAUCAACGUGCUGUACAACUACCUAGAGGCCAACCCCAAGGUGCCGUACGACGACCUGCGUUACCUGUUCGGGGAGAUCAUGUACGGGGGCCACAUCACGGACGACUGGGACCGCAGACUGUGCCGCACGUACCUGGAGGAGUACAUCAAGCCGGAGAUGGUGGAGGGCGAGCACUACCUAGCCCCCGGCUUCCCCAUCCCCGGCAACACUGACUACACCGGCUACCACCAGUACAUCGACGACAGCCUCCCCGCCGAGUCCCCCUACCUGUACGGCCUGCACCCCAACGCCGAGAUCGGCUUCCUGAGCCAGACGUCUGAGAAGCUGUUCCGCACCGUGCUGGAGAUGCAGCCGCGCAACGGCGGCGGCGGCGAAGGAGGCGGAGUCACGCGGGAGGAGAAGGUGGGUGCGAUGCUGGAGGAGAUCGUGGAGAAGCUCCCGGAGGACUUCAACAUGCUGGAGCUGCUGGCCAGGGCGGAGGAGAGAACUCCCUACCAGGUGGUGGCGCUGCAGGAGUGCGAGCGCAUGAACUUCCUCACGCAGGAGAUGCGGCGCACGCUGCACGAGCUGGCCCUGGGCCUCAAGGGCGAGCUCACCAUGACGGGGGACAUGGAGGACCUGCAGAACGCCAUCUUCCUGGACGUGCUCCCGGAGAGCUGGACCAAGCGGGCCUACCCGUCCAUGUCGGGCCUGACGCUGUGGUUCACCGACCUGCUGGCCCGCAUCAAGGAGCUGGAGGCCUGGGCGGCCGACUUCUGCCUGCCCCCGGCCGUGUGGCUGGCCGGCUUCUUCAACCCCCAGUCCUUCCUCACCGCCAUCAUGCAGGCCAUGGCCCGAAGGAACGAGUGGCCCCUGGACAGGAUGUGCCUGCAGUGUGACGUGACCAAGAAGAACCGCGAGGACUUCACCUCGCCGCCGCGGGAGGGCGCCUACGUGCACGGCCUGUUUAUGGAGGGGGCGCGCUGGGACACACAGAGCGGCAUGAUCGUGGAGUCUCGUCUGAAGGAGCUCACCCCCGCCAUGCCGGUCAUCUUCAUCCGGGCCAUCCCGGUGGACAAGCAGGAGAUCCGCAACAUGUACGCCUGCCCCGUGUACACCACCCGGCAGAGGGGCCCCACCUACAUCUGGACCUACAACCUGAAGACCAAGGAGAAGCCCUCCAAGUGGACCCUGGCGGGCGUGGCUCUGCUGCUGCAGAUAUGAGGAGCGCCUGCUGGUCGUGGAAACAAGCCCCUUGAAAUAAGAAGCAGGAAUGAAGAGGCUAAUAUCUGAUAGCGUUCAAGGAGUGUUGAUGCGCUGGCAGGUUUCAAACUGUUAAUGCUCCAUAGGCACACAUUGUUGGAUGUGUAAUUUGUUGCUGCAGAUUUAUUUGUAUGUUGAUUAUGUAUGCGCUGUUAUUAUUAAAAACACAUCCUUCCCA